GUGAGGGUGGGAGGAAAAGCAGGGCCUUUAAAGAAGGCAACCCUACGACUUUUGCUGCCAGGAUGCCCUUGCUUUGGCUGAGAGGAUUUCUGUUGGCAAGUUGCUGGAUUAUAGUGAGGAGUUCCCCCACCCCAGGAUCCGAGGGGCACGGAGCAGCCCCGGACUGCCCGUCCUGUGCGCUGGCCACCCUUCCGAAGGAUGGACCUAACUCUCAGCCAGAGAUGGUAGAGGCUGUCAAGAAACACAUCCUAAACAUGCUGCACUUGAAGAAGAGACCCGAUGUCACCCAGCCGGUGCCCAAGGCGGCGCUUCUCAACGCGAUCAGAAAGCUUCAUGUGGGUAAAGUGGGGGAGAACGGGUAUGUGGAGAUAGAGGACGACAUUGGCAGAAGGGCCGAAAUGAAUGAACUCAUGGAGCAGACCUCGGAGAUCAUCACCUUUGCCGAGUCAGGUACAGCCAGGAAGACACUGCAUUUUGAGAUUUCCAAGGAAGGCAGUGACCUGUCAGUAGUGGAGCGUGCAGAAGUCUGGCUCUUCCUGAAAGUCCCCAAGGCCAACAGAACCAGGACCAAAGUCACCAUCCGUCUGUUUCAGCAGCAGAAGCACCCACAGGGCAGCUUGGACAUGGGGGAUGAGGCUGAGGAAAUGGGCUUAAAGGGGGAGAGGAGUGAACUGCUGCUAUCAGAGAAAGUGGUUGAUGCUCGGAAGAGUACCUGGCACAUCUUUCCAGUGUCUAGCAGCAUCCAGCGCCUGCUGGACCAGGGAAAGAGUUCCCUUGAUGUGCGGAUUGCUUGUGAGCAAUGCCAGGAGAGUGGUGCCAGCCUAGUGCUCCUGGGCAAGAAGAAGAAGAAAGAAGUGGAUGGAGAUGGGAAGAAGAAAGAUGGAAGUGAUGGAGCAGUGGAAGAGGAAAAGGAACAAUCACACAGACCUUUCCUCAUGCUGCAGGCUAGGCAGUCCGAAGACCACCCUCACCGCAGGCGUAGGCGGGGCUUGGAGUGUGAUGGCAAGGUCAACAUCUGCUGUAAGAAACAAUUCUUUGUCAGCUUCAAGGACAUUGGCUGGAAUGACUGGAUCAUUGCUCCCUCUGGCUAUCAUGCCAACUAUUGUGAGGGUGAGUGCCCAAGCCACAUAGCAGGCACCUCUGGGUCCUCCCUCUCUUUUCACUCAACAGUCAUCAACCACUACCGCAUGAGGGGUCAUAGCCCCUUUGCCAACCUUAAGUCAUGUUGUGUGCCCACCAAGCUGAGACCCAUGUCCAUGCUAUAUUAUGAUGAUGGUCAAAACAUCAUCAAAAAGGACAUUCAGAACAUGAUUGUGGAGGAGUGUGGCUGCUCCUAGAGUUGCCAGGUCCCAGAGGAAAUGGAUCUAGACAGUCCAGAGAAGACAGUGGCAAAAUGAAGAAAAAUAUAAGAUACCCGAAUUAAACAAAACAACCU